CCGGUGGUGAAGUAGGUUCGUAGUUCAGUUAAAAACAAACUGAAACAUUAGUCUGAAAAACAACAACUCUAGGGGUUUGUUUGCAUCAUUCUGGGUUUCACAAGAAUCUGUACCAAGAUUGGGAGAGUGGCAUGAUGUUCUACAUAAAGAUUUUCAGCAGACAUAUUACAACAAAAUGCUUCAAACAAGAAACCUGGCAGUCAUUUCAUAAAUACUGCCCACCACUCUAUCGCAAUUCUACUGGCUUUCUAUAUCCUAGCAGAAACCCUAUUAAAUCUAUUAGUUCUUUUGGCAGACAGUAUGCAAAAUUCAGUAGCAUCAAAGAAUUUAGAAAUCAUCGCUCUGUGUUAGGAAUGAAAAUCACUGUUCCGAACUACCGGACAUAUUCUCAGGGUCUCUCACCAGAGGGUAGAAAACGCCUGCAGUGGGCCACCUAUCUGUCAUGUUUGAUAGGAGUAGGACUGAUGUCGGCUAUAGGUUUGCGAGAGUUCAAAAAGUUCAAGAAGACGGCCAGGGGUAUGGAGCCCAUAGAGCCUGAACUUGGAAUCACAGGGAGACAUGUGGUUAAAUACAGGUACCGAGGAUAUGUGAUUCCUGUCUACACAGCAGAUGUCAUGGAUAAUGUAUUCAGAUUUCAAGUCAGGGAAGAUGAUACCUGGGUUGUGUCGUUUCCAAAAGCAGGGACAACGUGGCUAACGGAGAUGGUCUACCUCAUAAUGUCUGAUCUGAACUACGACGAUGCGAGGCAGAAGACCAUUGAUGAGAGGGUUCCGUUCUUCGAGUUUGUAAUGCCCGGACUGCGCUCCAUCAGCAAGCAGCCCUCCCCCAGGAUCAUCAAGACACACCUGCCUUUCUCACUGCUGCCCACACAACUGAAGGAAAAGAAACCAAAGAUUAUAUAUAUUGCCAGAAAUCCAAAGGAUACAGUGGUGUCGUACUACCAUUUUACUAAGGCACUGGCUAAAAUUAAUUACAAUGGGGACUUCAAUCACUUCUUCAAUGAAUUUUUUAACAACACCAUGUUAUUUGGCCCAUGGUGGAAACAUGUCAAAGAAGGUUGGCAGAUGAGAGAUGAAGACAAUGUUUUGUUUCUAACUUACGAACAGAUGAAAAAGGAUCUGCCCGGGACUAUCCGUAUGGUCUCCAUGUUCCUAGGAAAACCGCUGAAUGAAGCCGAGAUAGAGAAACUUGCUGAGCACUGCUCCUUCAAAAACAUGAAGGCCAAUCCAUGCGUCAACUACAGCUGGUACGAGGGCUGGAUAUACAAGAAAGAACACGAGGAGUUCAUGAGGAAAGGUAUUAUUGGAGACUGGAAGAAUUUUAUGACUGAUGAAAUGGCAAAACAAAUGGAUGAUUUGGUUGCUAGGGAACUGAAGGGUACUGGACUACAGUUCUAUGAUGUGUCACCAGAGACGAGAGUGUGACAAACUUUACCUGUGGAUAUUGACUGCAAUGUUUGUUAUACUCAGUCUCAUAUAUGUUUUUAAAAACAUAUUUUUUUCUGGGUCUUAAAAUCCAAAUUAUUCAGAUGGAUGUUAUUCUCUUCUUAUCUCAUUUUAUUCAAAAUCAUGAAAUGUUUAAUUUUUUAACCUACUCAAAAUUUGAGGUUAAGACAUUUUUUAGUGCAAUGUCAAUACAUCGAACAUGUUAAAUGGCAGUUUCUCAGGAUUUCUGAUCUCUGGUUCCAUAGUUAUAAACGCAGGUAAACCGACGUAUGAUACUUAUCUACCUAUUUAAGAAGGGCUUGCAUGCCGUUAAUGCUUGAUAGAUGGAUGGAUGCAGGGCUUCUACAAUUUGUAUAAAAUUCACUAGCUAUGAGGUCAGUGAUUUAAAAAAUUUACUAGCCACGAUUAAAAAUUCACUAGCCCUACUUUACUUUAAGUCAAUACAGUUUUACUGAAUAAUCUUAUAAUCAGAUAUAUCACCUAAAGAGGGAGAUAGAGCUUAAAAACACUAACAUUGGGGGUUGGGGUGAGUGCAGGAUAUUCAUAUUUA